AUGAUUAAAACAGUUCAAGAAAACAAAGAAAUUAUCAAGUCCAAUCAAGUUGCUAAAAUCACAAACUUCAAAUCUAGACUCGUGGAAUACAGUAUAUUGGAGACAAAAAACAAGAUUGUCCGUUAUCAGGGAAAGAAGGUCAAGCAGGAGAUAUUUAAAGAUGAAAAUGAUAAAUUUAUCUAUGGAAGGGGUAAGUGGACUCUUUUUGUUGCAGAGAACAACAAUGGAGAUAUAUGUGCCUCUGACCGUAAUGCUGACGAUGUGGUAGUGGUGGACAAGACAGGAAGAGCACGAUUCCAAAAAGAUGGUACGCCUGCCAUAGGGAAGAAGAAAUUUGAUCCCAAUGAGCUAGUGACAGAUUCCAUGAGUCAGAUCAUAGUGACAGACUGGACAAACGACUGUUUACACAUUCUGGAUCAAAUGGGGAGUUCUUGA